CAUAUAGUUAUGCAGUAUGACGCCAAACAUAUGAGUUUUUCCUGCUCAGACCUUGACGAACUCCCGACGACUUGUCGACGUCAGCCGGCCCGGCUCCGGCGGGCGCAAGCCCUGAGCACUUUGACCUAGGACUGGCAGAAUUAAGGUCGAAUGGGGCACGAAGGUGUGGCGUACCGGUGGGAGGUGUUCAACAGGUGGUGUGACGAGUUCGCGGAGAAGCACCAGGGCCUGAAGCCGAAAGUGGAUGAUGUUCGAAGGUGGCACCGGGAGAACGCGGACAAGGUUUGGCCGGACAGUAACGAGCGGCCUUCCGUCUUUUCGGCCGUAAGCCACAACAAGGGACGAAGAGUGCGCGGGAGCAAGACCUGCGAGUACUAUAAGAGGUACCGCGCGGGGAAAGCAGCCGAGCAGCAGCUUGCCGCGCGCCUCCAGCCAGCAGCGCUGAGCGGGCGACGGAUCUUGGCGGUGACCGCUGCAGCACGGAAGCUCAACUCGGAUGGCAGCCGGGGUCCGGGCAAGCGCCACGCGCAGGACGAUGAUGGGUCUGAGGAGCACGCGGAGGGAAGCCACGAGCUGCCUGAGAAGCGCCGCCGCAUGCAGCCUGGCCACCGCGGGCCGGGGCACGGAGGGUCCAGGGGUGGUGGCGCUCGAGGGCGGCGAUCUUCAUCUGAGGAGCUUUCAGAGGACCCCUCGUGGGCCUCGGGCGGCGAGUCCAGUGAGGACGAGGAGGACAGCGGCGGGGACGGGCUGGGCUCUGGCUCGAUGCGGGCCAGCCGGCACCUGUUAGCUCAGCAGCAGCAACAGCAGGGCGUGCACAUCACGGUUGUCCGGCGGGACGCGGACGGGCGGGCAACUCAGGCGCAGCCCGCCGCCCCGCCCAUGCUCGCCGGCUUGCUACCUCUGCCCGGGGGUCCGCCGCUCUUCCAGCCGCCUGCCGGGUCUGUGCCGGGCAGCUCCGGCCGCUCUGUGGCCCGGCCCCGCGUCUCCAACGGCCACCAGCGGCGCGGCUCUGCGCACGGCGAGGCCGCCAGUGAGGAUCCCCUGGCGUGUGACGAGGACGCCUCAGACGGCAUUCGCCCGCAGUCACGUGCCGACAGCGGGUCGCAACAGCGUCGGCGCAGCAUGCCGGUGGACGAGGAUGAGCGCGAGGAGGAGGACGGCGGGCAGCUGCAGCAGGUUCGCUCAGGCGCGCGGCGGACAGCGCAGGACUGGGACUGGGGGCCUGACGGGCACCCGGGCAUUGCGCCCUUAGAGUGCCGCGCGUCGCGCAGCGCCAGCGUAUUGCAGCCCGCGCUGCCGCCGCCGCUGUCAGGCCACGCUGAGACGCCACUCGGCUCGCUGCCUGUGUACCUGGUUGCGGCGAGCAGCGGCGGCAUCAUGGCGGCCAGGCGCCGCAUAGCGGACCAGAGGAAAAGGAAGGCUGCGGCAGCAGCAGCGGCAGCUGCAACAACCACUGCGGCGGCGGCCGCACCGGCGGCGGCCACGGCAGCGGUGCCCGCGGUGGUGGUGCCGCCGCGCCCCAGCGUCGCUGUGCCGGCCUCCGUUGGUGUAUCCGUCGCGCCGGGCGCGCCGGGUGUUACCAAGGACCCGCUGGACCUGCUGGCGCAGGCGGCGUGCGAGGCGCUGGCAACGCCGGUGCCGCCACGUGCCGGCAUGCCGGUGCUGCCGCAGGCUGAGCAACCCAAGGAGGGUGCUGCUACGACUGUUCCCCAGGAGGCUGUCGGCGAUGCGAUGGACUGCAAGGAGCAGGCGCAGCAGCCGCAGGCUGAUGUGGCUGCCUGCGGCCCCGGCAUCAGCGAGGGCUCGGCACACAGCGGCGGCGGCUUUGCGCCGCCCGGCUGCCGCGGCCAAAGUGUGCCGGAGGCGACGCCUAAGCUGCUGCCAAUCAAGGAGGAGCGGGAGCAGGCGUGCGCCGCUGCCGACGAUGCCCAGUCGAGCGGGCAGCAUGCGGCGGCUGGGGCAGCAGGGAACAAGGUGGAAGGCAAUGGGCUGCAGCCGGCUGUGUCGGAAUGUGUCAGUGCCUCGACCCAGAACAGCGGCGGGCCACUCGCCUCGCAGGGCGGCCGCCCCACAGCGCAGGCUCCUGCUGCAGCAGAAGCCGCCAUGCAGGCGCAGCAAGAACAGGCAAUGGCUCAGCCGCAGGCCCAGAAUGCCCCCGCAUCACCCCAUUCGUCUGCGGCGCUAUUAGCGAAGGACGCAGUGGAUUGGGCCACCACAGGCGACGGCGACACGGAGGCCACCGGCUGCACACACGCCGCCAAGCAAGACGCACUGCCGCUGCUGCCGGAUGCCACCGCGACAACCUCGUCGGUCGCGACAGCGCCGUCCGCUGCGACCGUUGCGCUGCCGGCCCCGGCGGCAGCAGCAGCCGCGCACGGCCGGUGUCCCAGCGCGGGCACGACCAGCGACGCCACUGGAACCCUGCCUGCAGCGCUGGCCCCGUUGUUGACUCCGGACAUGAGCAUGAACUUCGCCUACAUGGCGGCAGCAAACGCCGCUGCGGUCAACAUGGCAACCAUGGCAGCAGCGUUCCUGCGCGCGGCGCCACCACUGACACACCAGCAGAUGCACCAGCAGCAUUCACCGGGGCUACCGCUGCCGCUUCCCGUGUCUGCUACACCGGCGGCGCCAGCCAUGCCCGGUGCCCCGCCGGCCGUCCCGCAGCCGUUGGGCUCGGCCGGCUCCGUCAUGAGCAGUUUCCUGUUGCCACCGCCGCCGGUUGUUGGUUCGUUGCCACUGCCACCUGCACUGCCGGUGGCCGCUCCGCCGCUUCUCCAAACCAGCACGCUAUCUAUGCUGCCGCCGCCUCUGUGGCACGGCAUGCCUACGGGCAUGCCGCCAAGCAUGGCUGCCGCUGCAGCCGUGGCUGCCGCGCCGCCGCUAUUUCAGGAAUCCCCAGCGACGGUGCUGGGCGCGCCCGCUGGGUGCAACCAGCUGCUACCGGUGAUGCGGUUGUUCAUGAGCUCCGCCGGCCAUUCGGAUACGCUCGCAGCAGCAGGGGCACAGCCUGCGCCCGGUACUGGCGCAACGCCGCCUGAUGGCACGUCCGUGCCGCAGCUGCCGCCCGUGCCGCUACCGCUGCCGCCCGUGCCACCGCCGCCGUCAGCCCUACCCACCGCCUGCGCCAUGCCCGGCUGCAUGCAGCCACCUGCAAUGGACAUGGGCCUCGUCGGGGGCGGUGCCGCGGCUAACCAGCAGUCCGGCUUUCUGAUGGCUGGUCGGCCCCUGCAGCCCUCGCGGUGAAGGAAAUGGCCAUGCGCGCUACGCGCUAUAGGGGACGCUUGACGUGCAGUGCUUCUAAAAAGGUUGGAGCAGGCUGGCCAGUGAGCGUUACGGUAUUGGCAGGCAGUUGACUAGCCUUUGUUCCAUUUCCACGUUGCGAGCAACAUUAAUACGGAUGUUUCGCAACCCCUUGUGCAACGGAGGAACCUGCUGCACCCACUGACCAUGCACUGGAACUAUUUUGCGAACACAUGUUGAGACAGUAAUUUUAGGACUCGGACACGCACGCAGGCUUUCUUGUGGUCGUUAACAUUUUUUGUUGGUUGACGGCACGGGCCUGUGGGAACGGGGCAGUUGUAGAGCCGGUGCGAUGGAGGGGAAACAGCGGCCAAGCGUAACCGUUGACAACGUGGGGAAGGAUGGAACGUCUGAUGGGUUAUUGUAUCGGUUGUGACGUGUGUGGAUGGGAUUUGUGUCUGUCUUUGCGCGUCCAAGCGUGUUGUGUAUGAAUUUGUGGACACCCGAUGUUGGCAAGCCAUGCCACCGGGUACGCGCCACGUAACCCCACGGACCAUGACUACGAGCGGGUGGAUUGCUCUCUUGACGGAUUUCGCCGCGCAAUCCUCAUUUGCGGGCGACGAAGUAGGGGUGAUACCAACUGCGCACAGAAGGUGCACCAGUUACGGCAGACCGCAAACAAAGUGUCUGCUCGGUGGCUUUUUUCGGUUGUUUUCAUUCGGGGAAAUGUCUCAAUACCAGUUUUGGAGCCCGGGCACACCGCGCGCGUGCGCAGCUAGCCGCUGCAACGAGGUCAUGUACGCGCGCAGUUCGGUCCUCGGUCUUGAGCAGUCGUUGUUUCCAAAAGCUGUAUCGCCCCGCCCUGCCGGCGUGUAGCUACCGACGCCUAGUAAUAUGGGGGAUGACUUGGACCAGGCUUGCACUGGGGGACACUGCGCGGAUUACAAGCGCGUUGUGUCAAGAAGAAUGGAUGGACACUCGCUCGGACUGGUGCAGAUGUACGGGGGAAGCGCCUUGCCCUCACUCGGACUGGUGUUGAGUCAGAUGUAGUUAUGACCUGACCGCUGAGCGUGCGGUGGCGAUGCCAAGACGGUGUGAAGUUGCUGGGUGACGGAAGGGUCACGGCGCAGGCUGCGCGCAAUGAUGGCGUUAUCUGCGUGGCCACUGCAGCUUGACACUUGCCAUCAGGACAGUUACAGCCGACACUGGGCAUUGCAUGGAAGGAUCUGUUGCUGAGUGCGUACGUGAGAGUGUCUGGCUGGGCCGGGCAAAAAUUGCGAAUCCCAUGUUCCCCCACCAGGAUGCACGUGUACGUAUAGGCCGGUGUGUUAGGCGAGCGGGACCGGCAAGAGGACGGGGGGCGUGCAUGUAAGCUAGCUGAGGGGAAGUGAGUGAUUGAGUGGCUGAGAGGGCGAACACCAAAUGGCGAAGCGCUGGGAAUUGGUAGGCGAUGCCACACAUCCUGCGCCUGCCACCCUGUCGCAGCCACGAGUGGGCACGUAAUUUUACCGGAGCCGGGUCGGCGUUGGCAAACGAAUUACUUGCACGCCGCUGGGUGUCUCGGUCCCCGACACGUUUUUGGGCGGAUUGUGGCGGGCUGACAGGGCUUGUCCUGGUACGUAACGUACCGAAUGUAAACGAAGCUUCAGAUGAUGUAGCGACGGAGUCCCUGCAGCGCCACCGCCUUGCGGUUGAGAUUCUGUGCCAGUUGAGCAACCAUGGCUUUGUCACUGGCGCACAAAUGACGCGGCUAAGUGGAAGUGUGCUGAACCAGAACAGUUUUAACCGCACGAUAUUGACGAUGCUUGACAUGUGUAAACUAAAAAAGGA